GAUGCGCGGCGGGCCCGGGGGGGUUGGGAUCUCCACAGAAGGGUGGAGUGGCCAGAGGAAAGAGAGGGGCUACGGGUAGAGGAGGCAGGGGGAGAGCAAGGACGGAGGAGGGGAAGGAGGGCGGGCGAGAACGAGAUUGAGGGAGGAGGAGGAGGAGGAGGAAGAGCGAAGGGAGGGGUGGUAGACUAGUAGAUGAUCCCGGCAGGCUUCGAUCUGCCAAUCGCCAUAACAAGAAGAAGAAGGGAGAAGGGGUGGCGGCUUGUUCUGAGAAAGAAUUGGGAUGUAGAGACCGGAAGAAGAAGCUAUGGUGGAUCUGGAGGCCGUUGCGCGCUGAGCACGUGACUCGGCGGGCGAUCAUCGCUUUUCUGUCUUUUUGUCUAUCUUCCCCUCCCCCUCCCCCUCCCCCUCCCCCUCCCCCUCCCCCUCUCCCCCCCCCCCCCCCCCCCACCCCCCCCCCCCCUCCCCCCCCCCCCCCCCCCCCAACCCACCCCCCCGCGCCCCCCAAGCCGCCGUACUCCCACACAGACACGCGCGCACGUGUCUCUCCCCUUUUGUCUAUUCCUCUCCGUUUCUUCGUCUCUCUUGCCGUCCGGUCUCUUCCUGUUUUGUCGCCUUUUGCUUUUUGUGAUCCGAUCAUCUAUUAUUACUGUCUCAUUUUGUCGAAAAAAUCUAUAUCGACUUGUGUUUGAAUUUUUGAAUUGAAUCCAUGGCGUAUCUUUCGGACCGCAAGGUCAUGGCCAAUGUGUGGGGUAUUUUGGCAAUUGGAGUGGCUGUGUCUUUCUUCAUCUCGCGGAGACGAAAGCGCGAGGAGGAUGAGGAAGGGAAGGGCCCUCCUGGCUUCCUAGAAGAGUUCGAGAUCGAGCCGCCGCCGCCUCCUCUCCCGCCAAUGGCGCCUCUUCCGCUUUCGGGUCUAACUUUCUCUGUCAAGGACGUGUUUGAUAUAGAGUCCCGUGUGACUGGCUUUGGAAAUCCUGUUUGGGCAGACACUCACCAGCCUGCAAAAUGUACGGCGUCCGCCGUACUGAAGUUGGUAAAUGCAGGGGCACGCUGCUUGGGGAAGACUAUCAUGGACGAGCUCGCAUACGGAAUUACAGGCGAGUGCAAGCAUUAUGGAACCCCAGCUAAUCCUGCUGCUCCUGGGCGCAUCCCUGGUGGCUCUUCAAGUGGGUCUGCUGUCUCUGUAGCUGCCAAGGUAGUCAAUUUUGCACUAGGGACAGACACAUGUGGCAAUUUGAGAAUCCCUGCCGCGUAUUGCGGGAUUCUUGGCUUUAGACCAUCGCAUGGCUUGGUCUCCUCGGAAGGAGUUGUUCCGCUUGCCCCGUCUCUCGACGCAGUUGGAUGGUUUGCGAGAGAGGCGGAGCUUCUGCGGAAGGUGGGAACGGUGUUGUUACCGAAGAGUGUUGGUGAGGCUCGGUCCAUCAAGCAUCUCUUCAUUGCUGAAGAUUAUUGGGAGCUUACGACUGCUCCGAAGGACAUGAGCAUUCUGGCCUUGAGGAAUGCGGCGUCUCAGGUCUUCAGUGGUGUGAUGAUUCAGAACCUGGUUUUGGGCGAUUACAUCUCCAAGAAGGUUCCUUCCUUAAGUUCAUUUUUCCCGGAAGAAAAAGGCGGCAACAAGGCGCUGAGCACCAGUUCAAAGAACAUGGUUGCGCUGGCGGAUGCGAUGCUUGCGAUCCAAGGCCACGAGUUUAAGGAGCAGCACAGUGGUUGGCUCAGGGAGGCCAAGUUCCCUGUGGGUCCAGAGUCGAAGGAUCAGAUGAAAUCUGUGCUUGCUAAGGAAUACGACAAAAUAACUGUGGCGCAGAAAGUCAAGGAAGAACUGCGGACGGCACUCGGCGAACUGCUGAAGGGUGAUGGGGUGUUAUGCAUUCCGACUGCCUCUGCGCUUCCACCCAAGACAAGGUCAUACUCGUCCGUCCUGAGUGACAUUCGAGCGAGAGCGAUGCAGCUUGUGGCUCUGGCGAGCAUGGGCGGUGUUCCGCAGGUUAGCAUGCCGGCAGGUGUGACGGAGAGUAAGCCAGCAGGCCUCCCACUUGCACUUUCACUGCUUGGGAUGCAUGGGAAUGAUUUGACACUCCUUGAUGCAGUAUGUAAGCUAAUGCCUGUCAUGAAAGAGGAGUUAAAGACGUUGACGGAGUCAGAGGCAAAGGGGAUUGCGCUUCCAGAUCGAUCUCAGAAGCAAGCUGCAGAAGCUGCGAAAGAGAAGGGAAAUGCCGCGUUUAGGGAGAACAACUUUGCGAAAGCGGUGGCUUAUUAUACCGAAGCCAUCAAGCUAGAUCCAAAGAACCCUCUGUAUUACAACAAUCGGGCGAUGGCAAAUCUACAACUGGACAACUUCAGGGAAGCGGAAGAGGAUUGCAGUAUUACUCUGUCACUGGAUAAAAAGAAUGUGAAGGCAUGGCUCCGGCGGGGAACUGCGCGCGAAUUUUUAGCUCAUUACGCUGAUGCCGUUCAGGAUUUUACGCAAGCUCUUGUGUACGAACCGACAAAUAAGACGGCGUUGGAAGCAGUGAAGAGGAUGAAGCUCUUCGUUCUCAAGUAGAGGUGUAGUAUAUGACUUGUCUGUGUGUGGGAAGCAUGAAGUUGACAUGGUGGCCAGCCCCUUUGAGAUCGGGUCCUACUCUUUUGAGACUUGGAACUCGUGCGACUUAGAACUUGAGCGGUAAUUGUGAUCAGGUGCAGUAAUCCGAAAGCACCUGUCUUUGUGGUGUUCGGAGAGAAUCGGAGGAAAGUGGACCUGAUCUUGAGAAUGAAAGCUAGCAGCUGCAUCUGGUCCAUUUUGACCACUUUGGGGGAGUUCAGAUAGAAGUGGAUGGAUACCAUCAUGAGAAGCGAAUGUGGCGAUGGUCAUGCCAAGUGGGCUGCUUCCUGCCAGCUUUACAUAAUGCUGCUGACUGCGAUCUCGGAAUAACAUUAUGUGCAAGGAAGGUUCUCUCAUCAGCUGGCUCGUCAAUAUAUUAUUCACCGGGGAGUAUAUUGACGAGGGAGUCGUGCAGAUGUGUACUCUCUCCUCCUCGAAUGUCUGCUGUCUUUCGACGGGGCGAGCGUGCAGAGAUAAGCAGGCUCCGAGUUGAGUGUGAUGGUACGAGAGAUGAGAAGGAGCACUGGACUUCAGAGACUUCUCCUCGUCACACAGUUGUGUACGAUCUUCCGGAACGUUUGCUGGCUUUCGGACUUGGUAAGGGUGCAGGGAGAAGCAGGCGCUGAGUUGCGUGUGAUGGUACGCUAGACGAGUAGGUGAACCAACCCGACAUUGGGGCCGUUUGGAGUGGAUACCGUCUAUCAUUGAUCGGUGGAGAAAGUAGAGCCUAUGGCAUCUCCUGUAGUGUGCUUCUCAUCGUGGAGGCCAGUGGAUUGGGAUCGGAGAUCAUCCAUGUCAGACGUUGUUCCUGAUGUUCUCGUUAAGGUACUGAGUGGACGGAGGCAGAUGCUUCAGCUUGGAUUGUAUGUGGGUGUCUCAAAGCUUCAAAAGCUUUUCAAGCGAGGUACCGGUGAAGGAUGGAAGAUCAUAAGCUGGCUACUUUAAGCAACGAUGGAAGCGAGCCGAGGGGCGAAAGGGGGGUUGAAGAAGGGUAGAGUGACUCUAGCAGCAAGUAUGCAGGUGAAGGCCGGCAUUUCAGGCGGUAAUGGCUGCGAGCCGAGGGGCGAAAGGGGGGUUGAAGAAGGGUAUAGAGUGACUCUAGCAGCAAGCAUGCAGGUGAAGGAUGGAAGAUUGUAAGCCGGUGUUUCAGGCGAUAAUGGAUGCGAGCCGAGGGCGAAAAAAGGGGGGUGAAGAAGGGUAUUCUAGCAAAAAGGGGGUGAAGAAGGGUACUCUAGCAGCAAGCAUGGUGGUGAAGGUUGACGGAUGGAUGGUUUGCCCGUUAAUUUUACUGAAGGAAUAUGGGUGGAAAGUUCGGAAACUGAAGUUUGUUCACCAGGGUGGCUGUCGUGCCAUGGACAGUGAAUGGUUUGAGGCAGAUUCCUGCGGGCUGGUGUUUCUUGCAAAAAAUAGGUGGAGACUUGAGAGGCAAGAGAUUUGUUUUUUUAUUAACAGGAUGGGUGGUGCAGUUACGUUGCCUUGAGGAGUUGCGUAGACGUUGAGCUAUCUCAUCUGUUUGAUAUCAGCUGCUACUCUGAUGCAGGCAGUCAAUGGAAGGGAUACGAUGCUCAAGGUAGGUGUAGAGAAUGCAGAUCAAAGAAGAUCUAUGUGUUUCCGUUGGAUGCCAUUUGCCUUUUUGUACACAUCUGUUUUAUAGCAAGAUGGUCUUUCCAUUGUACUAUCUUUACUUGCGGGUGUUAUAGCAAAGUUCAUAUCUUGUGGGAAUAAGUGAAUGAGGCUACAGACAAACAGGUAAAGUGGUAUUUGCAUGUGUGUGUGUGUGUGUGUGUGUGUGUGUGUGUGUGUGUGUGUGUGUGUGUGUGCUCUUAGGCAUGUCUGUGUCCGUGUGUGUGUGUGGAGAGGGAGGUUAUACAGGGUAGGGUGUGUGUCUCUGUGUGUGUGUGUGUGGAGAGGAAGGCUACACGAGGUCGUGUAGGUGCGAAGGGCGAGUAUCGUAAUGUCUCCAUGGCAGAGCGUCUCGAAAGAGUGGCGGCAGGGGAGUGUGGAUGUGAAGGGUUAGUUUUGUAAUUUGUCCAUGGCAGAGCGUCUGAUGCAAAUAAUGGCAGGUUGACUGAGUAAUUGUGAU